GACGUUCACACCGUGAACCCGGACGACAGCAAGAAGAGAGAGAGCGAGAGAGAGGAGAGAGAGGGAGAGAGCGAGAGAGACACAGACCAGACUUGGCUGAUGCACCUCUUCUAGAGCAUCCAUUUCACGGCAUUUGGAAGCGUAGGAGACGUGCACAUUUCUCUCUGAGAGGCGUGAGCUCUUCUCUCCUCUUAAGUCAGUUUCCUCGAGCGACUCCUUAGUCGUCCUGCUUUCAUCGACAGUAUUUUGUAACAAUCCCGUUUCCUCGGAGCGCUAAUAGGUCGUCCUCGGCUCCGGAAGGCGACACCGCAUCUCGUUUGUGGCGAUCCGCAUCUCGAGACGCAAAAACGGAAUAUCCGACGGUUUCCAAGUUGCCCUGGAAGUUGCGCAUUGACAGCACGAGAUGGGGAUCUGUGGCUAUUUGUCGGCGCCGGGCAAAUGCCUCGUCCUCCUCGGACUUAAAUUGUUAAUCCUUGUACCUGCAGGAGUUCCGGCCAGGAGCGGGGAUUCGGUAUUAAAGGACAACAUCACCGUGAGACAGGGGGACAGCGCCGUGUUAAAAUGCAACGUGGACAGCAAAGUAUCGCGAGUGGCGUGGCUGAAUCGCUCCACCAUCCUCUUCGCAGGGAAUGAGAAGUGGUCUCUGGACCCCCGCGUUGUCCUGAUGGAAAACACAGCAGUCACAGAGUACAGCAUCAAGAUCCAAAACGUUGACGUCCACGACGAAGGGCCCUACGCCUGCUCCAUCCUCACAAACAAGAAGCCAAAGUCCACAAAAGUGCAUCUCAUUGUUCAAGUACCGGCCAGGAUCACUAACAUAUCGAAGGACGUCACAGUGAAUGAGGGCAGCAACGUCAAUCUCAUGUGCCUGGCGGCCGGUCGUCCUGAGGCCAACAUCAUAUGGAAGCAUCAUUUGCCAAGAGGCACUCAAAAGUUUGUGACUGAGGGGGAACAUCUGGUGCUGACGGCUGUCACCAAAGAGCAGUCAGGAUCCUUUGAAUGCAUUGCUUCAAAUGACAUUUCAAGCCCUGAUGUCAGGACGGUUCAGGUCACUGUCAACUAUCCCCCCUUCAUUUCUAAAGCAAGGAGUACGGGUACUCCGGUUGGACAAAAAGGAACUCUGCAAUGUGAAGCCUCUGCUGUCCCCAGGGCAGAUUUUGAGUGGUACAAAGAAGACCGCAGGGUUUUCAAUGGACUGAACGGAGUUAAGAUAGAGAAUCAAGGUAAACAGUCGAUGCUCGUCUUUUUCAACGUCUCGGAAGAAGACUACGGGAACUACACCUGUGUUGCUGUGAACCCCAUGGGAAUCACCAAUGCCAGCAUAAUCCUUUAUGGUCCUGGUGCGAUGCACAAUGUGAACGGGGCGGCCGUGUUGCCCCGUGCCUCUGUAUGCCUCCUGUUGACGAUGACCUCACUCUACCUGCUGAAGUUCUGAUGUGAAACGUGAAGACCUUCAAGCUUCUCUCAGCAUUGAGCAGCAAGAACAGACUAUUAGUCCGAUAUGAUGAGAAUGGAAAUUUAAGUGUCAGUGGCUCACCCUUAGUUUUCUUAAUUUUUCUUUCUGCCGUUGAUCAGAGUGGUGUUUCGUUUUUGCUCGCCAAGAGAGAGCGGUGUCAAUCUGAGCAAGGUGAAAAAUUAAAAAUACUGCACUAAUUUGAUGAUGCUAGAGCUACUGAGUUUGUGACCCCUGCCCUGAAAAACUCUUUUGUAUGUGAAAUGGAAAAAAGAAAAUACAUGUAACUGUUGAUAGUUGACUGUUUAUUGCCCAAUACUAAAGUGUACACUCAGAUUACUAUUAUUGUCAUGUCCUGUUCAAUAUCUGUACAAUACCAUUAAGCUUUUUUAAGUAAACAAGAAAAAGGGGAAAAAAGCAACGUGGUUGUUGAAUUUUACUGUAUUUUUACAGUUGUAUGCAAAACAGUAACAGAUCCAUUACAAACAGUUUGGAAUAAAACUAGUACUUCAUGAUUUUCUCAGGCAAAGUCCAAAAGCAUAGUGCAUCCACUUUUUAAUUUCUUACUAUGUGUAGAAAAUGUACAAAUGUGUACGUGGUAUUCCUGCACUGCGGGUUUUUUUCUAAUGGCAUACGCGGCAUCAAAUAUACAUUUUUGAAACACCUAAUCAAGGUGUCAUAGCAGCUUCAAGGCAUAUUUACAUCACAGUAUGCUACUAAAACUCAACACUCACAUGGCGGACAAAAGGGUUGGUCAGCAUGCCGCUUAAUUUGCUGCAGUAAAACAUUUUGAUCGAA